UUACAUCACUUCCGUCACAGCUUUCUGUGAGAGUUUCGAGCAAAGAUGGCGGCAGCACAGCUAACGGAUGAGGAGCUUUUCUCUGAGUUAAAGCGCUUUGGAUUCACCCCAGGCCCGGUUACCGAAAACACACGCCCCGUAUAUUUAAAGAAAUUGAAGAAACUGCGCGAAGAGCAGCAACAGCGAGGAUCUCGAUCGGGAAAAACGCGCAACAGCGGUAGCAUCAACAACAACAGUAGUGGCGGAGGCAACAGCAGUAACACAGCGGCGGGAGCUUCGGGAUUCGGAGUCAGGCCAGCCAGCAAUGACGUCACGCACCUGAGCCCUAGCAAGAGCCCCGGCGGUCGUCCGGCCCUGAACGAGAAGCGUGCCGGUGGAACAGGGAAGUUCGUUCUGGGCUUUAGCUCGGACGAAUCGGAUGCUGAGCUACCACCGAAAAAAAGAGGCCUGAACCACAGCGGCAGGAGAGACCGUGGCUCCGGGUAUCAACAACAACCGCAGAUCAGGCCUACAGGAACACCCAUCACCGCUCAAAAGAGUCAAGGAGUGUACGUGAGUAACAGCAACCAUUCUUUUCCUGGACCACCGGAGAGUAGAAGGAGCGGGUCUGGGACUGUUGGGUGGGUAGAAAGAGGAAAAUCGAGCCUCGAGGUUUCGCGUUCAGCAAAGGCGGAGGGGAGUGGUUACGAGGAGCCGGAGGAGGAGGACGAUUAUGAGGGGAAGAAUGAGAGGGACUCUCGGUCUCUCAAUGGUAGCAGGGCGUCCUACUUGAAUACUAGUAAGCUAGUCGGGGAUUACUCUGAUUCGGACGAGGAGGAGGAAGAAGAGGGCAUAUCUGCGUUUGACCGUCAACGCGAACGCCGUCUGAACUCCAGACGGAGUCUCUCAAAAUCGGCCUCGUCUCCCUUUAGAAGUGCCAGGGGGUCGGAGAGCGGCCAGGAAAAGACGGGAGGCGCAAUCAGAGUAAAUGACACGCCUGGCGCUAGGAGUCUAGACAUGGUGGGAGACCGGGGGGAGGAGGAAGAAGAAGACGGAAAGAAGAGAGGCCCCGGCGAAUCGGCUCUCAGUGGCGGCCUGCUGAGUCGCAGUUACCCCAGGAGGUCCAUCUACGUGUCGGCUGUCAUGGGAGAAAGCGGCAACAACAGCCCCUCGGCGUACAACAAAAACCACGUCGACAGCGGGGACGGCGCCACAAGUAGCAGCCGAUUCAGCAUUGGACUGAGACCAAGGUUUCCAAGUAACACCCUGUCUGCGACCUACCGGCCCAACCAUUCGAACCACACAGGAACCAACCAUGGCUACAGCCAUGCCAUGCUUAAGCAGAAGCUUACGGUUCCAGAAGACGAGCUUCUACAGCAGUUUAAAAGGGAAGAGGUGUCCUCCACCGGUGGGUUCAGCGCACACUACCUGUCCAUGUUCCUGUUGACGGCGGCCUGCCUGUUCUUCUUACUGCUGGGCCUCAUGUACUUGAGAAUGCGAGGUUCUGGAGCAUCCGACGUCGAUGUUGUUAUUAAGAACCACCCAUUUGGAAGUUUCUUUGACAGUUCUUAUACCGAGACGGAGAAGGACCUCAUUCUAGAGCUCCUGCUCACCCUCCACGACCACCUGGCCCACAUCGCAGGUGAACAUGACUGUAGAGACCCAGAAGACCAGACCAACCGGAGCCUGACGAUAGACGAGGCAUCCAAAUAUCUUUGGGCUCAAAAAGAGGACUACAAAAACAUGGUCCUCAGUUCGCUUGAAUGGAUUAUCCGAACAAAGGAGGAUGUCGGGAUACGGCUGAUUGGGGCGAGUCCAGAGGAGGCUGUGACCGACGUGUCUGAGAUCUCCAGCCUGGAGUCCACCCACCCCAAGAUGUCCUUCCUCUGCCGUUUCCGACGGGCGUUCUUCACCGUCAUCUACCGGGUCCUCUUUGUCCUAGCAGUAAUUGGGCUUGUGUGGGGUCUGGUGUACUACAUGAAAUACCGCUGGAGGCGAGAGGAGGAGGAGACCAGACAGAUGCACGGCCUCGUGGACAGAAUCAUCGAUGUGUUGAGUAGCCACAACGAGGCGUGCCAGGAGAACAAAGACCUGCAGCCCUACCUUCCCAUCCCUCACGUCCGAGACUCCCUGGUCCCGCCCCCAGAAAGGAUGAGAAUGAAGAGGCUUUGGGACAAGGCCGUGAAGUUUAUUUCCGCCAACGAAUCGCGGAUCCGGACAGAGUCCCAGAGGAUCGGGGGAGCGGACUUCCUGGUGUGGCGGUGGAUCCAGCCCUCGAGCUUGGACAAGUCUCUUGUGCACCACAAAGUGUGGCAAGGCAAAGCUUUUCCGCUUGACAAAGGGAACUCUCCACCCAACAGCCUAACACCGUGUCUGAAGAUCAGAAACAUGUUUGAUCCAGUCAUGGAGGUUGGAGAAAACUGGCAUCUGGCCAUCCACGAAGCCAUCCUGGAGAAGUGCAGUGACAACGAUGGCAUCGUCCACAUCGCUGUCGACAAAAACUCGCGCGAGGGCUGCGUCUACGUCAAGUGUCUCUCGGCAGAGCACUCAGGGAAGGCCUUCAAGGCGCUGCACGGCUCGUGGUUUGACGGUAAACUGGUGACGGUGAAGUACCUCCGCCUGGACCGCUACCACCAGCGUUUCCCCCAGGCCCAGGGCUGCAACACGCCUCUGAAGCCCUCCAGCACACACAUGAACACCAUGUCCCGCCUGCGUCACCGUACCGGCUCAGCCCUGGGCUUCUCCUGAGAGCGACCCGCCCCGCCCCGCACCUCUCCCCCUCCUGCACCACCUCCAAGCCCCUAACCUCUGCUCCCUGUCCUCACACCCCCUCCCCCUCCCUUCCAUCGUGACACUAGGAACCUCGCAGUGCAGGACUCUUGACCAAACUGCUAAGCUGGAGAUGACUGGGGGCGAAAGGUCCCAUACAAGGCGACUGACUGACUUUGAGCCUUUCACUCCCAUGUGCGUCCACAAGGGGGGGGGGGGGGGUGGCGGCAUUGGAGGUUUUUUUGUAAAGAAGGGUUUGAAAAUGGUGAACUUGCAAGAACGGAGCUAGACGGAGCUUUUGCAUGAGAAAGACGGCUUUUUUUCCCGCGGGUGCUGCAGUGGACACUUAUUAUUUCUUUCUAUUUUUGUAUUACAAAUGUUAAGGAUUCAACAAUGAAACAAGACGAUUCCUGAUGGCAUAUUUAAAAAGAUGUACAUGAAAGAGACCCUUUUUUUUCUCUCUCUCUCCUUCCCAUCCUCUUUUUACAAAACUGGUCCCAUGUGAGGAGUUUAGUUUGGGUAGACAUGGAAUAAAUGCAUGUGCUGUUUCAACAGCCUCUAUUCAAGCUUUGAAUUAUAACAUAUAACGUGGAUGUUUAUUUCCUGAAGAUGUUUGAGGCGAUCCCAAUUUUUUUUUUUGUAGUAUAUAUAUUUUUUGUCAAGCAAGGAAGGAAGGCACAAACGCGUAGAUGGGGUGCUGUAAAUAUUACGUGAAUGGUGGCGGUGGCUUCAAUGAAUUAUCUGUAUUAAAAGUAAAUCAUAAGCUCUUGUUUUCCUGCCAAUACUCAGAACUUAGGUUAAAAACAUCGGUAAAAUAUGGAUGACGUCUUUGGAUACACAGUGGUAGUUUGACACCCUUGACUUUUGGGCAUUGUCAGGCUUCCCAGGGCUGUGUUUCAAAGUGAAUGCUUCACAUAGUAGGGGUCAAUAUCGUAGGUGUGCAGUCAGACGUAUUAUCCUUGGCUUGCUUCUUCAUUUUAUUCCACCUAAUAUACCUUCCCCUCCGAACUCAACAAUAAUUUGAAUCUAUCCCUUCAAAUUAUAUUCCAAAUGUAUCGCCAUGUAUUUUUCUUACCGUUUCCAACAACGUUUUGGAUUAUAGGCUGAUCAUUAUACCGGUUCAUUCUCUUCCAGCUACACAGACCUUUUGUUGGGACUUUCUGACACACUUAAACUAAUACAGAAAAUUCCAGAAGGUUUAUUGGAUCACAGUGGCUCAUGGGCCUUGCAGAUACAUGGGAGAGGGUGUCUCAGUGCAUUACCCUACAGUUGUCUUUGUCACUAGAGCACAUGAUCAGAAGUUCCAUAGGAUCCCAUACAGUUCUGCUUUUCUUUUGUCCUGCUCAAAUUCCAUGAUUAUUUCACUUGAGACAGACAUGUUCCUGCCAUGCUUCAAAAUCGAAUUUGUUAAUACCGGUUCUUGAUUGUGUAUUCAGCCAUGUUUAUCAUUCUAGACCUAUUGUAAUGUUAUUGUUUUCCCCAGAUUGAUUGAUAGACAGAACGCAGCCAAUUGUUUUAGAUGUAACGGGGAAUGGUGUUAGAAUGAAUAAUCUGAUUUGCAUAUUUUUAUUGUUUAACUCCAAGUAUUCCAACCCCCUGUGUGAUUGCUUGUGAGUUAGCUGUUUGUGGUAGGCCGUAUGUAUUCAUAAAAUGUUAAAGAUCAAAGGAUUGCCACCAUUUAGUUAUAUAUUUUUCCUUUUUUAAUGCAGUGUAGUGGAUUGUGGGUUGCAGUAUUUGCAGCAAGAGGUUGUACAAUUGAUGCACAUUUAAAACGUUAUUAACCUGGUGCAUACUCUGCAGCGGAUAACCUAAUUGUGCCUUAACUUUGUGCUUUUUAAUGACUGGCACUGCAUUACUGAAGAAUGUAAGGGGUUUAUAAAAGUGUUUGAACAGGUACAAUCGUUUAAAGGUCUAGGAAGGCCUGUCCAAGAAAUUGUUCCAGACAUGAAUUUUCUCUUUGUCCUCUCAAAUGUUCCUCCCUAACGUUUUACGAUAAUUGUUGUUGGAAUUGGUUAUUAUCGUUUAUAGAUAUUCUAUGUGUUUACAUUAAAGACAAGUGUUUUCCUCCCUAUCCAUGAGCAACCUCAUUUUCACUUUAAACGAUUGUACCCACUGCACAGAGCUGAUAUGGAAAAAAUAUAUAUAAAUAAAAAUGAAAAAAUAAAGAGAACACUUUGCGAAUUAAGCCAGUUGUUUUUGCUGUAACUUGAGUGCAUCAUGGUAAUCUUUCUAUUUUUGUAUGUUUACAGCCUGAUGUUGGUGCACCUGCAGGUUUUUUUUCUUAUGAUGACUGUAAAGAGGGUGAAUGUAAAUGUUAGUUUGGUGUGGUGGCACUUCUCCAAGGUGGCGCUUGAACUUCAGCUGCAUCUUUGAUGUUUUCUUUUUUUCUGGUGUAUUUUAUGUAAACACUGUACAUUUAUAUAACUGUAACAUGUACUAUUAUAUGCAGCUUAAUUUCCAUUGCAUUGUAUUGUUUCGAUUGACCAAUAUCCCUUACCUGCAAGCCAGAGGGGAAGGUGUACAAUAAUCCAGACAUUUAAAAAGUCCAGAUGUUUUAAUGUAAUUUGUCACAUUGUCUUGUAAGAACGGCUCUAAUUAAAGGUUUAUUAGGGGUUUUUAAU